GCAAGGCCAAGGGGCUACGAAGGUGCACGAACUCGAUGAAGAUUUGAUGCUUUUGACUGGAAUAACACGCCCGAUUGGUGUAAUUUGUGUACAUGGUUGGCUAGCGACGUAUAAACAACCAAAAUGCCUGGGCCAAGGCCGAAGUUGGAUGUAGACAUUGUCACCCGCUUCAGAAAAGAGUUCUUGGAGCAAUACACAGAAGAUGGCGUGAAUGAAGCUUAUGAUCCCUGUGAUGUGGAGACAUUUUGUUCCAGUGACAAAUACGUCCAUAAGUUCCUGAUGAUCGCCAAGUUUGAUUUCAAGCUCACAGGAGAGAAAGUCAAUACAGUGUUCAAAUGGAGAAAACAGUUUGGGAUAAAUGAUAUGACUUUUGAGAGUUUUGAUGAGGAGGUAUUGUCUAUGGGUGGGUUCUACUGCCACAACAAAUGCAAACUGGGACGACGAAUCGUGUGGUUUAGAAUAUGCAAGUACAAGAAGGAUGCAAGUAAAAUAGAGUUAGCUAAGAAAUUCAUGGCGUUUUGGCUGAACAAGAUAGAGAGUGAAGCCAUGGGAGCUGAUGUUGUCAUACUCAUGGACAUGACUAACGCUGGAAUUGGUAACAUGGAUAUUGAUGUGAUCAAGUUUAUGAUAACAUGCUUUGAGCUGUACUUCCCUGCUCUUGUAGGUAUAAUGCUGGUUUAUGAUAUGCAUUGGGUAUUAAAUGCUAUUUGGAAAGUUAUCGAGAGACUUCUGUCGAAAGAGUCCAGAGAGCAUAUCAAGUUCUUGAGAGGGAAUGCAAUUCAGGAACUCAUAGCUCCGGAUCAGCUACCACCCUACAUGGGAGGCACUGACAUUUGGGAGUGGACAUGGCCUCCUCUCGAGGUUGAGGAGGAGGACGAAGAUAAAGAAUGUCUCAAGGAAUUGAUUGAGAAUGAACAAGAGAGUAUGUUCUCCGUAAACGGUGACGUGUCUCAACUGUCGCACUUUGACGAUGUGACACCCGACCCCUCCCCCAAGAACUCACCCACUCCUAAGGCUAAUAAGAGGGUCCACUUUGCUCCUGGGAUGCUAGAAGCUGAAGAAUCUGGUGCUGCAAAGACAAAAAUGGUCAGACGAAUGCCCAAGAAGCCCAAGUCUGAUAUUCAUAGAGGACCUUUGCUAAACAUAAAACCCGGUGAACAGCUGGUGUUUGCAGAAGCCUCAGAUCCUGAAGUAGAACCAUCUCUUACAAUGACUCUAGAAAACUCCACUAAGAGUAAAGUCGCAUACAAGAUAAAAACCACAACUCCAGAUAGAUAUAAAGUGCGUCCCAGUGCAGGGCCAAUCAACCCUGGAGCAUCCAUCAAGGUCACAAUAACACUACUCUCUGGUGAUAAAGACUCCGUACCCAAGGAUAAGUUCCUUGUUAUAUCAACAGAACUCAAUGAAGUCUUAAGGUCACCAGCCGAACUGACUGAGUUCUGGAAAAGAGCCGCCAAGGAUGAUAUUGUUGAACACAGGGUCCGCUGUGUGUAUCUUGUGUCGAAGCAGCCAAACCUGGACAGGGCACAGUUGAAAAGAGACAUGUUAUCGUUACAUAAGAAGGUUGACACCUUAUCACAUCAAGUGUCGACCAUCAAAAAAGAAACCACCAGACUGUUACGCCUGGCUGUACUGCAGUUCUUUGUUAUCAUGUGCCUUGUUUUAUUCUACAAUCCCUGCGGUAGCAAUAACAACAGCAGCAGUAGUAGUCGCACUGAACCGUCGUCUAAUUCACCACUUGUCGACCAAUGUCAAGCGGUUGGAGACUGAGAACAAGUUUAAAAAACACAUGUUUUCUUCAGGCCUGGAAUUCUUGCAGGCUACGGAGGCUCUGGCCUGAAUUGCCCCUGGUAUUGGCCUGCCCUUCAAAAGUUUCACAUUAACUAUAAGAUAUUCAAAUGGCAAAGUGAAAAUGGCCUUGCCUUUUUCAGCGUGUUCAAAGAUGAAAUUCCAGGACUGUUUCUUGUCACUGGAUAUAUGCAUGAACAAGCUUCCAAUGCCACCAAGUACUACAGGGAUUAAACUCUGCCGAAACAAAAAAAUUAACAAAAACACAUGGAAUCUGGAAGGUUGACAAUACGCCACCUUGAGUUUUAUACCUUUUAUACCUUAAGUAUUUAUAAUGGAGACUGAGGACAAGUUUACAAAUUAUACUUUCGUGAUCAUAAGACCAUAAAGCUUCACACAAAGCGUGUCACCAUUGUUCACAGAGCCACUUUUCAAAGUUGAACUCAAAUGUUCAACAAACCAAAACUGUUUAUGCUGCCCAGCAAGUAAAACUUUAACAUUUUACGUUGUAAGCUACACGGAAGACUCCUCCUCGGCAAAGACAUUAUUGCUCAUUGUACUGUAAAAAGACCAUGCAAGUCAUUUAUAUUGGGUGCGUUCGUUUAGCUUCCCUGGGUCGACCCCGGUGUGUGGUAAAAAAA